AUGGCUCUUGCUGGACAGGUAGCUCUCAUCACCGGUGGAGUGAAGAACCUGGGGGCAGACAUUGCAUUCCAGCUGGCCAGUGUUGGUGCCCACCUUGCGCUUCAUUACCACUCCGUGUCAUCCAAAGCAGAUGCGACCAAGAUCGAAGGGGAGCUGAAGCAGAAGUAUCCGAAUGUCAAGGUCGCGUUUUACCAGGGCGACUUGACCAAGGCUGCGGCUGUGGACAAACUCUUCCAAGAGGUCCUGGGCGAUUUUGGCAAGAUCAACAUUGUCAUCAACACGAUCGGCAAGGUGUUGAAGAAACCCAUCACGGAGAUCAGUGAAGAGGAAUAUGACUCGAUGUUCGCGAUCAACUCCAAAACCGCGUUCUUCAUCCUCAAAGACGGAGCAAAGCACGUCUCUGAUGGGGGAAAGAUUAUCACCAUCGUCACUGCCCUGCUGGGUGCAUUCACUGGUUACUACACCUCCUACGCUGGAAGCAAAGCCGCAGCCGAUAUUGUCAGUCGCGGAGUUGCGAAGGAGCUUCAAGGACGCCAGAUCAGCGUCAAUGCAGUCGCUCCUGGACCCAUGGAUACUCCAUUCUUCUAUCCGCAGGAAUCCCCCGAAGCUGUCGAGUUCCACAAGGCGAACGGAAUGGGAGGCCGGUUGACACAGACGAGUGAUAUCGCCCCUCUGGUUCGGUUCCUCUGUACGGAGGGCUCCUGGAUCACAGGCCAGACCCUCUUUGCCAACGGUGGCUACACUACUCGUUGAGCUGGAGGAUGAGCCAUGGUGAUAUUAAUCAUGAGAUUAUGAUUGAUAUUCUGUUCUAUGGAAAACAUGGUCUUACUAUGAACUCAAAUGUCAUAGGUGAAAAGACCAAUAUAUAUUUCUUGAACUGGACCUAUCAUGACUGAAUAUAUAUAUAUAUAUAAAUGCAUGUUCUUAUAUUGAGUCAAGCACAGGUAGUAAUGUACCGAUGAGAAUGUAAUAAUCAUG